AUGCUUGAAGGCAUGCCAAAGUCAAAUAUUCCCGUCAUGGGAAGUAUCACGCAGACUGACGUAGAUUGGCAUUUACCCCGCCACUCCUGGGACACACACGUCCAUGUCUUCAACCCUGCCGAAUAUCCGUACUCACCAAGCCGAGCCUAUACACCCGAUGCAGCUCUUUACGAGUCUUUGCUUGAGUUCAAUGGCAAUUUGAGCAGGUCGCAUCGUCCCCAAAACUUGGUGCUGGUCCAGCCCUCCGUUUACGGAACGGACAAUGGCCUUAUCAUUAAUUUGCUCAAGAAACAUGGCAGGUGUGGAGAAGCAGAACAGCGAAAAUUGCGAGCCAUCGUUGUCAUUGAUGAGCAUGAAACCGAUGAAGGCCAGUUGCAAGAAUGGGAUGAUCUGGGUGUGAGAGGCUUUCGCAUAAAUACAGAAGCAGCAGGAAACGGAACAGAUUACGAACACUUACGACAGAAGAUUAUAAACACUGCUGAACGCGUCAAAUCUCGAGAUAAUUGGAAAUGUCAAUUGUUCAUAUCUGGUGACAGUUGGGAUUAUCUUGCAAACACACUCCGUCAUCUUCCAGUGAAAAUCAUAGCGGACCAUCAAGGUGGAAUGAAGGGCAUGACUGCUUUACCUGCGAAUAUCACUUCGGUAACAGAGCAACCUGGGUACGCAUCGAUGAUAUCACUCGCCAAAUCUGGUAGGGUAUACAUCAAGAUUUCCGGGCUGUAUCGCUCUUCCAAGCUUACGACGGGAGGCUAUGGUGAUCUCGAGCCAUUGAUCAAAGCCUUCGUGGAAGAAGUGCCUGGUCAGCUAUUAUGGGGUUCAGAUUGGCCGCAUACAGGAUCUGGCGCCAAUAGAACCGAGGAGACCAAAUAUAUACCGGAAAAGUUUAGGGACGUGGAUGACAUCGCGGUCUUGAAGAAUCUCCGAACAUGGAUGGAGCGAAAUGAGUGGGAGCGAAUGAUGAUUGAGACUGCGGGCAAAGUAUAUGAUUGA